AUGUUCUUCCGCGCCCUUGCCGCCCUCCUCUUCCUCACGCUCAUUAUCGUACUGAUUCCGCUCACCUUCGACGUUGGUGGACGCGAUGCUGGUCUCGCUUUCUCCCUUUCUAUCGCAUCCUUCUACUUCUCUCUAUCUUUACUGCGAAUAUCGACGCCGGAUGAGCCUGGUUUCAGGAGGACCGUUGUAAACAUCCUGCGAGGGGUACAGUUGCUUGUCCUGCCCAUCUUGUGCAUAUGGGCCCUCGGGAGGUUCUCGGUCGAUGCAGACAAUAGCUCGGGCUGGGUAGAGAGAACAUUCCGUACAAGCAAGGAUUUUCUUAAACCUGGCCCAUCACUUUGGCUGUCCAUUGUUGGAAGAGAAGGUCUGUUGGAGAAUGUCACACUCGGUGCUUGGGAUAUCAUGUUGCGAUGGUCGUCACCUAUUUUCCAACUCCUCGAAGGCUUUUGCAGUCUCCUGGUCAUACAAGCCAUCGGACAACUAUCUCGCUGGCUGGUCAACAGAAGUGAAUGGAGCGAUGCCUGGCUGCUUGCCCUGCUUGCUGCCUCGGCAGGCGUUGUGUCGAGUUCAGUCUAUUUCCUCUGGCGAGUUCUGCAAUUUCCGGACAUUUCAAACCUCGAUUCCACCCUGAUUGGCAUUGCCAUCGCGUCGGCUAUCUUCCUUUGCGCUUAUGGAGUGGUUUCGGGUCGCGGCACAGCCACUGAAUCAUCUCUGCUUUUCGCAUACAUUGUCCUGUGCAUAUAUCAGAUCUUCACAGACUACAAGCCCAAUGUCCCUCAUCCAGAAGCUGGCAUGGCAAGUUCGGCACCAGACUUCCCACCAUUCCCACCGAUCAUCAUGUCUUCUUACACGGCUCUCAUGGUCGCACUGUCAUCGCUUCCAGGGGCUCUGGUCAAUGCGCUGGACUUUGUUGCCGCAGCUUUCAAAGCGGUUACGCCAUCGGUGCUAAUCUCUCUUGGGUAUCGACUCUUCGUCUUUUAUUCUUCCACACGCAUCAUUCCAGCAAUCAAUGAAAGCGGUGCCGGCGGUCUAAGUGUAGAGCCUUCUCUAGAAGACUCCAAUGCGGCGAACCAAUUCCUCGCCUUCCUCUCUUGGUUCUCACCCAGCAUUCUCAUCGCAGUCUACACCAGCCUUCUCAUGCAGCACUUUGCCACAAGCAUGGGCGGCUACGCACCAGGUCUUACGGAAACAAUCGGUGCUUGGUGGAGUGGCAACGGCCAACCAGUGAUGAAUGGCAACUUAUGGAAGUGGGUCAACUUGGUAGGGACUAUGUCCCUUUAUGCUAUCGAGUUGUGGUUGGGCAAAGAAGACGACAUGAACGGUGAUCACUGGAAGGUUGACUGA